UGCCUAUCGGGGCGUGUGCGUGUGGUGCAACUAGAGGACGAGCAGCUCCAGCCGGCUCAGAGUCGAAACAUUCAGCCCCUUCAUACCGCUGUCUGAAGACCACACGAAAAACCAAGAGGGAGAAGAUUCAGAAGACGAAGCUCAACGUUGCUUUAUAAGUCGACGACCUAGCAUCGACCAUGAAGUUACUGUGGGCUGUCAGUGCCCUUCUGCUCAGCUGUUGGCGAACCGAUGCGUCCACAGCUCCAAACAUCAUUACCGAGCCUCAUGAGGUCAGCAACCAAACCUCUGCGGUGCUCAGCUGCAACUUGACCGACUCCAGCCUUCCCAUCAAGGGUUCCUACUGGACACUCAAUGGCAAUAUCCUUGAGGAUUCCGUAUCUGCUGAUGCCAGUCCAUUCACAACUCGCCGUUUGGACAAGAUCACCCACAGUAAUAGUGGAAAGUAUGAAUGUGUGUUCAAGACUGAGCCACAAGUGAAGCAGAUGAUCGAAGUCAAAACACUCCCCCAUGUUGUUGCCUACAAGCACUCUGAGCAUGGAAAUGAGAAUGACAAAGGUGUGAUGGUCUGUGUGGCUCAUGGCCAUCCACUGCCCACUGACUGGGGCUGGUUCAAAGAGGAAGAUAGCAGCCGUAGGCAAAUCCUCAACGGCACUGGUGACAAAUAUGAGAUCAAGAGCACCCCCAACAAGACCAUUCUGACCAUUAAUGACCUGAGCAUCCAGGACGACAUCGGGGACUACACCUGCCUCGGAACCAAUGAACUGGGCCCAGGCAGCGAUGAGAUCCACCUGCGUGUCCGCAGUCGCCUGGCUGCUCUCUGGCCCUUCCUCGGCAUCGUGGCUGAGGUCAUCAUCCUCGUGACCAUUAUCUUCAUCUACGAGAAGAGGAGAAAGCCUGAUGAGGUCAACGACGAUGAUGACUCAGGAUCUGCUCCUCUGAAGAGCAAUUCUACUGCAAACCACAAAGACAAGAAUGUUAGGCAAAGGAACUCUAACUAGAAGCUGAAAGAGAUGGACGUCCAGAUGUCAGUGCAGCGUUCAGCGGUUGUGUGGCACAUUAUACUGUGCACCCUGCAAUUUAAAGUACCUUCUUGUGCUUGGGUGUUAAUGUUUUAAGAAAAUGAUUUCCUCCUAUUUUUGGUUUCUUCUAUAUUCUUCUCCACAUUGUGCAGCCAGAGAACAUAGCGUGAAAUAAUUUCUGCUUGAGGCCGUGGGGCAAAUAUUGCAUGAGUUUAAAUGCCGUUCUAGCCAAGUGUGUGUUUGUUGUAAAAUCAUUAACGUUCACGUGAGGAAUGCUUAGUUCGUGGUUAUAUUCCGUCGAUGCAGAUGCUUCCUACAAUGUCCUCACAGCUGUCAGUCUUUGCUUUUUAUUUUUCCCAGAUCUGGAGUGGUUACUUGCAAAGCAGCACAAGAUCUGUUCAGAGGGUCUGAAACAUUUUUAGAUCCAGAUACAUCACUGCCAUUCUUAUAGCAAAGACUGGUGUGCAUUUGAAUUCACAUGUUUGGUCUGUCCCUACACAUCCACAAAACUCCCUUAGCAGAGUUCUAUACUUUGCCUUAAGAAGCACCAUUUCUCUUUUGUCUUUUUGCAUAGUGCUAACUGAUACAAGACUUCAAAGUGACAAUUAAAAAUAAUGCAGAAAUUACUAGGGUUGGGCAUCAAGUCGCGACUCCAAAGGAGUUGUGAAGAAAGUUUCUAUUCUGCUUAUUGGUUCCUGAACAGUUUUCACCUGUGCAAGGUUCCAAAUGAUAUACUGCAAACACUACCGUGUAUCUACUGCUGUCUGUCUGCACCAGUACUGUCUCCAAUAUACUAGAAAACCCUAAAUGAUGAAAAAGUGAGAUUUUACUGAUGUACUAACUCUAACCUGCUCUAUGAAUCGGAGUAAUGAAGAACAAAAAUCGAUGCGCAGAAUCGUUACAAUACAAGCGAUACCCAACCCUAGAAAUUACCAAGAUAAAAGAUGGGUUUUCUUGCCAUAAGAAAUUAGUUUUGAGUAAGAAACUUUAUAUUUAAAUAGUGCUUUAUUUCCUUUUCCUAUUCACAUAUUUUAAAAUGAAGUUUUAGCUGCCAAUUCUUGUUGCUGAUUUCACAUUCACAGUAACAAUCUCUUUAGGACCAAGUGCAAGGGAUGCAACUGUUGCUUCUGUUGAAUGCAACUUUACUACAGCGCACUGAUGUUUAAGACUGCAGAUAAUCAUGGAUGUUUUAUUUUUAUUUUUAAAGUGAUCUGAACUGUGUGCGCGAUUGUCUCUGUUCCUUCACUGUGUAGAUUAUACAGAAGCCAUAUGUUCCAUUUAACCUGAAUAGUGUUGUGACUGGAUGUUACAUUUCAGAAUUACACUGAUUAAGAGACCUAGCCAGAAUUAUGUAAAUAGUUGUACCAUCCAAGUACAUGGAAAUACCACCUCUUGUACAACUUCACAAGCUGAAUAAAGGUAUUGAAAUUUA